AUGGUAAUACAGCGUGUUUGGCGUAGUUCGGCUGCCUCGUCGUCGCUCAGUGUGCCAGCGUCAGCUGCUGGUACGGUGGUCACUUCCGCCAUUUCCUCGGCGGCGGCCACAUCAGUGGCGACGACAGUUGCAACAAGUGCCUGCGAAACUUCGUCAACAAACAGCAACGGUGGUGCGGUGGCCAAUGCUUCCGAAUCGGAGGCUAGCGCUGGAUUGCAUACGGGCAUGAGACAGAAGCUGAAAAACACCCUGUCCGGUGAGGCAACACUGGAAGCGUUAAAGCAACGCUACGGUACGGGCCGGUCGUUCGUAAGCCAAACGGCCAACGAUGCGGCCAUUAAAUCGUUAGAGCUCCUGCGUGCCAACAUUCAGUGCUACUUCGACAAGGAGGUAGACACGAUUGUGAAGAAAUUCCAUCAAACGUACUUUGUGCCAGCGAUUCGAAACAUUAAGGAAAAUCUGGGCGACGGUGCGAUAUCCGACGAGGCUCUGAAGAGCGUGUUCUGUUCGCUGCUGGAAAAUACAAAGACACAGUACGCAAGUCAGCUUUCUUCACCGGCUGGCAAUUCGCUGUCCCGUGCCAACACGCCCGGCAUGGAGCUGAGUGAUUCGGAUUCCAGCACCGACAAUGCACCGGCAGCUGGAGCGGCCACAAGUCUACUACACCAAGCAUUGAAACGGAAACUUCCCGAACCGAACCAGCCGGAUUUGUUUAAGCGACAGUACUUUCUGCAUGGUCCCAUAUUCCCGCACGCUCAGUACCAAAGUUUAGCAACGUCCCAAGCAAAUAGCGGAACCGGUUCCAGCCUAGCGGCCGGUGUUACAACCCGAACCACGAACCUUUCCUUUCCAACCACCGUCAUCACACCGGAGAGUUUGUUCAUACUGGACUUUAAGGCAGCUCGCGUACUAGGCAUUUCCGACUUUCGUGACCGGCUGGCCAACAAACAUCCCGAGGUGCUACGCUACUGUCCCGACACACAGGAUCGGGAUUGGCUGCUGCAACAGAAGCAGGUAACUCCACUGAACAAAAACGGUCGGUUCUUUCUACUAGCGCUGGACGAUGUUAAAAAGCUUAUCGAACGAAACGCGUUCGACCAUACCGGUGCCGGCAGUCGGUCGGGUGAUCUGCAGGGCUUUAAGGUGACGGAAAUGAUUUAUGGCAAAAUACAGAAGCUGCUCAAGGAGCUUACUGAACGGCAACGCGCAACGACAGAUUGUUUCGAAUCACCCAAGGUACCGCAGACCACCGGCAUGGCAGCUGGCAGGCCUCGCAUCUCAUCACUCAGUUCCUCGCAUGCGACGCUGACGGCACUGCUGUCGACGCCACACUCACAGCCAGGCAGCCAGGAGUCGGUUAGCAGCUCCACUACGGUGGCCAGUCUGGAGGUUGGCGAGCUGAAGCGUAGCUAA